AUUAUUUGUUUUAUUGCUUGUAAUAUAUACAUAAACUAUUUUAAAAUACAAGGUGUAUCUGAAUCUCCGUCUGAAUAUAGAUCUUAUUCGUCAUCUGUAUUUUACUGAUCCUUGCUUAAUAGUAUAACUAGAUAUGUUUUACAACAGAAAUCUCUGGGUUGCAUUAAAUGUAGGUGUAUGUUAUCCAUCAGAAAUAUACUUGGAGGUCCAGGUAAAUAUUGAUAUGUAUCCAACAAAGAAAAUGAAUAAAUUAACAUUUUCUGAAAUUAAUUUCAUUUGACAACUGCUACUAAACUGAAAAUGGAUUUCAUUAAGUUUUCUAUUAACUCUACGAUGAAAAUCUCACCCUGCUGUUCUUUAAUUUACAAAUAAUAGAACUAAUUGUUUUCCAAUUUUUCUACAUCUUCAUAGUUUCUUGACGGGCUUAAAAGAGCAUCCUCUUCUGUAUUAACGUAAUCUGUGUUGUCCCCGGUAGCUAAGAACGGAUCUUCUUCAGCAAAUGUUGUAGGUCUCUCUGUCAUUAACUUCGAAUAGUGAUAUAUCACCCUUGAUGCAGAUGAUACGUUAAUCAUUACCAUUAAGGUACAGAUAAAGAUGAGCACUUUCAUUAUAUAGAAAUGAACUAGGAUUGUCCAAAGUAGAUAUGACUUUCAAAAUACUAUUGAUUCUAUAGCAAAUUGUCUUAAUAAUAUUUAUUUCGAAAUAAACAACAGAAUUUUAUUACCAAUGAAAUUGAAUUUUGUUACCUUUAUAGUCGAUCAACUCAGUUUCUUUUCAGUAGUUUAACCGCUUGAUUCAAAUCCUAAAUUCACUUUUUAAAUAAUGCUGGCAGCUAAAGUUUUUGCUCUUCUUCUAACGACAAUUAUUGCUAAACAUCAUCAUAGCAAUAAAAAUGUUUUAGAUCAAAGAGAAAACUUCUUCGGUAACGUUUAUAUAACCACUCACACAAUCGUGGAUAAUUUAUUUGAAUCCAUUGGUCUAUCAAGGAAUUUUUCCAACGUGUACCAGCUCCGUCUGAAUAUAGAUCUUAUCAUCAUCUGUAUUUUACUGAUCCUUGCUUCAUAGUAUAACUAGAUUUGUUUUACUCUAGGUUGCAUUCAAUGUAGAUGUAUGUUAUCCAUCAGAAAUAUACUUUGAGGUCCAGGUAAAUAUUGAUAUGUAUCCAAAAAAGAGAGAUUAAUAUAUUAACAUUUGACAACUGCUACUAAACUGGAAAUUGUUUUCAUUGAGUUCACUAUUAACUAUACGUUCAAAAUCUCACCCUGCUGUUCUUUUAUUUACAUAUAAUUCAACUAAUUGUUUUCCAAAUUUUCUACAUCAUCAAAGUUAUUUGUCGGGCUUAAAAUAGCAUCUUCUGUCGUACUAUCAACAUAAUCUGUGUUAUCCCCGGUAGCUAAGAACGGUUCUUCUUCAGCAAAAGUUGAAGGUCUCUCUGUCAUUAACUUCGAAUAGUGAUAUAUUACCCUUGAUGCAGAUGAUACGUUAAUCAUUACCAUUAAGGUACAGAUAAAGAUAAGCACUUUCAUUAUAAAGAAAUGAACUAGGAUUGCCCAAUGUAGAUAUGACUUUCAAAAUACUAUUGAUUUUAUAGAAAAUUGACUUAAUAAUAUUUAUUUCGAAAUAAACAACAGAAUUUUAUUACCAAUGAAAUUGAAUUUUGUUACCUUUAUAGUCGAUCAACUCAGUUUCUUUUCAAUAGUUUAACUGCUUGAUUCAAAUUCUAAAUUUACUUUUAUAUAAUGCUGGCUGCUAAAGUAUUUGUUCUUCUUCUAACGACAAUUAUUGCUAAACAUCAUCAUAGCAAUAAAAACGUUUUAGAUCAAAGAGAAAACUUCUUCGGUAACGUUUAUAUAACCACUCACACAAUCAUGGAUAAUUUAUUUGAAUCCAUUGGUCUAUCGAGGAAUUUUUCAAAAGAAUCUAGCACCAGACUGCUGCUAACAAUGCAUUAUGAUCUCAGUAACAUAAUGGAUAAAAACUUUGAUACUUUUGAUGAAAUAAAAAAUACAGUCAGAGUUGGUAUUAUCAAGAACUAUACAGAAGACAAAAUUAAAUUAGAUUAUGUCGUAACUCAAGUUUUAAAUGAAAAUGAUUACAACGUGUACAAAAAAUUGAAAGGAACUCAUAACCAUACUAAGGGUGUCAGGAAUAAGAAAAAGCGGAAGAUUCCAGAAUUUGAAUUUCUCGCAAAAAAUAAUAAUUUUACAGUACAAAAUUUUAAUAAAUCAGCUAAGUUUGUCAGAAAUACAGUCGCACCUCACAAGAACUUGAAAGUCUGGAAUCCACCUGCAGCUAUGAAUUUAGAAAACUCUAACAGUUCGAACACUAGAAGGAUCUACAAAGGCGUCGAGUCUAACAUCAGCAACUUCCCAUUCGUCGCCAGUAUUCACAUCAUGGGUGACUUCGCGUGUGCUGGCUGCGUCAUCCACAGAGAUCUGGUCAUCACCUCCGCUUCGUGUUUACAAAUAGCAUACCAGAACGAUUUCUUCCACAAUAAUUUGAAAGCGAUCUACGUGAGACUCGGCAGUGACCACACCACCCGAGGUGGAGAGACAAUUCCAGUCAAAGUCUUACAUUUCCACCCUAUGUAUGAUCCGCAAUACUUGCUGCAUAACCUGGCAUUGCUUAGACUAGAGCAGAGGAUGGCAUGGAGAGGACAGCAGAAAAGGAUCAGACGAAUCUUGUGGGACAAGAUUGGAGAAAAUUCGCUGAAUAACAGCAAAGGAGUUGUUAUUCUAGGGUGGGGUGCUACUAAUACAGACUCGAUUGUGCAAACGCACCCGAAGCUUGCUGUAGAUAAGGUUGACAUUCUCAACAAUGAUGAUUGUAUGAACGCCUAUUCUGAGAAAUUCGUCACUGAAUACAACUUUUGCGCUGGUUUCAAAAAUAAACGCGGAGGAGCUUGCAAUGGAGACGUCGGAGGUCCUGCGAUAGUUGGAACAACUCUGGUGGGUGUGGUGAGCUUCGGCGCGCCUGUCUGCGGGAGUAUUGCUGCACCAACUGUCUUCACCAAAGUUAGCUUUUAUGCGCCUUGGAUCGACAGCAUCCUGAAAAAAGAAAAUUUAACUUUUAACAGCAAUCAGAACACUCGCAGAGGAGCCGAAGGUGUGAUCAUGUACAUUAAUAUAUCGAACAGUGAGCCCAACUAUAACAAAAGAGACUCUUAUAUACGAUUCCGUAACGAUGACAACUACCCAGAGGAAGUUACACAACUAAAAAACGCACUAAUGGAUUUAGUUAGAACUGACACUAAAGUCGUCGAUGAAGUUAUAUACGGAGACCUUUACGAUGAAUUUAGUAAGUUAUUCAGGAGCAAAGAACAGGCAAAAGAUAUCAUAAACGUAGAAGAUCAAAGACCGGUAGAUAAAAACACAAUUUUAAGACUUUAUAACAAGGCUGUUCCUGAAGAAUCCAUAACACCGAUAGUAACCACUACUUCUAAAACCACAACAACAUUCAAAUCAUACGAUAUCAGAAAUAUGAAUAGCGAAUCCUCUAGCAGUUCAGAAAGUGAAAUGAUACAUGAUAAUACAAAUGAAUACACAGACAAUUACGAAGGGUCUAGUAACGAACGCGGAUUAAGUAUAGAGAUUCCUAUACAACCCUUACGUUUAAAAAAGACAAAACAAAUUGUAGUCGAAAAUACACAGACGAAUGAUGAAUCUAGUGACAAUUUGGACGAAGAUAGCAAUAUCUCUAGAGACAUAGAGAAAACGAAAAAACCUAAAGAUAGAGCGAGACCCAAGUUAGGGCAUGGGUCGAAACAUAUUCCCUUCUCUGGGACUUAUUUUUACAAAGAUUAUUCUACUCAUCCGAGUAAAACUUCUAAAUCGAAACAUCAUCCUAAAGAAGAAAGAAAAACAUCUCACAAAAAUUUCGCAAUUCAUCAUCACGGCAAGUCACUAGCCACGAGGCCUUAUUUUGUCGAUUCAGAAACAUACCCAACGCCUCAUAAGAGUCGGAGUUCUAAGAGACAUAAAGCUAAGGCAAAUGUACAUAAAAUGUUAAUGUACAUAACUAAAUAAAAUGCGAAGAAUUUUACCACCAAUCUUUUACCACCAAGCUGUUACUAAAUAACUUUUAGUGCUCAUUUAUUAAACAUUUCAAUAAAUAUACAUAGACUUGGUAUUAUUUCCCACAAGUUUUUUUCAGCCCCUUGAAUGUUUAUAGGCUUUUUUAAUUCUUCAAGAACCGGCCCCGAACAUGGGCUGUUAUUGGGAGAAUAUUUCACAUGAAUUAUCUUCAUCGGUCGGCUACCAGACAUAACCAUUUGCCACUGAACACUGUU